UAUGGAAAAUAUGAGACAGAAAUAAGGUAAUAGAAGGAAACAUACGUCCCUAAACAGAUGUAACCCCGCCUUGAUUUUCCACAGUUCUUUACAGUCGCCGCGUCUCCUGCCUCCGUCAGUACCGAAGGUAACUCCGUGCGUAAAGCUCCUGGACAACAGACGGACACAGCACAGUUUUUAAAUCUCUGCUUUACUUCUCCGAAGAAAAUACUUCUUUUAGUUUUUCGCUCCACGAAAGCAGUUUUAUUCUAUUUUUAUUUGUAUGUAGCUGUUGUUUUUUUUUUUUAUUCUCUCCAGUGCGAUUUUCCUAACAGUAGGUACUAAUGCCUCGCACCCGAGCCGCUGCACCGACUCGGUUCAUUUAUAAAGAGUAAACAAUGUGCAAAGCAAAUGAAGGAUACAGUGGGAGCUAACUGUGGAUGGUCUUGGAUUUAAUAGUCGGUGUCUGUAAAAAAAACAAAGAUUCAGUCAAACUUAUGGCGUGAAGGGCCCAUUCUUGGCCUUCGUCACUCACAGCUAAUGGAUGUCAUUACACAGUAUGCCUACAAUGACAGUUUCUUUGAAAACGGAACAUGGAACUUCAACGAAACAGAUCAAGAGCACAAGCACCCUUACAACUACUAUGCCAUGCUGCUUACUCUGCUCAUCUUCGUCAUCGUCUUCGGCAACGUGCUGGUGUGCAUGGCUGUGUCCAGAGAGAAGGCUCUGCAGACCACCACCAACUACUUGAUUGUCAGCCUGGCUGUUGCUGACCUUCUGGUGGCCACAUUGGUUAUGCCCUGGGUUGUCUACUUAGAGGUAGUGGGAGAGUGGCGCUUUAGCAAGAUCCACUGUGACAUCUUUGUCACUCUGGAUGUGAUGAUGUGUACAGCCAGCAUCCUCAAUCUCUGUGCCAUCAGCAUUGAUCGUUACACAGCAGUUGCAAUGCCAAUGCUGUACAAUACUCGCUACAGUUCCAGGAGAAGGGUCACAGUAAUGAUCUCCGUGGUGUGGGUACUGUCUUUUGCCAUAUCAUGCCCCCUCUUGUUUGGCCUAAAUAACACAGCUACCCGUGAUGAGUCCCUCUGUGUGAUCGCCAAUCCGGCCUUUGUGGUAUACUCUUCCAUCGUGUCCUUCUAUGUUCCCUUCAUCAUCACUCUGCUGGUUUAUGUGCAAAUUUAUGUGGUCCUGAGGAAGCGCAGAAAACGCGUAAACACAAAACCAAAGCAGCGUGUCUGUCAGGCUGCUAACCCUGAUGUGGCCACUUCACUGAAGGAUAAGUGCACUCAUCCAGAGGAUGUGAGGUUGUGCACCAUGAUUGUUAAAUCGAAUGGGAGUUUUCCUGUCAACAAGAAGAAAGUGAUAUUUAUCAAAGAUGGAGUCAAUGAAGGCGAAGAUCUGGAGUUGGAUGAGCUGAACAACAGCGGCAGCAGUCAGAAGCAGAAGCAGCAGCCGCAGCGUGCUCUAGCAGACACUCCAGCCACCAGCCAUCAGCUAUUGAUGCCCAACAAGGCCAAUGCUAGCCCCACAUCCACACCUCCCACACCCCCUGAGGAGGGACAAAAAGCUGAAAAGAACGGAGAUCCUACAAAGGAGGCCCUGGGGGAUCCGGCUCCCGUUGUGACAAAAGCUUUCCAGACACAGGCCUUACCUAAUGGCAAGACUCAGACCUCUGUGAAGACCAUGAGCAAGAGGAAGAUCUCCCAACAGAAGGAAAAGAAAGCCACUCAGAUGUUAGCUAUCGUCCUUGGUGUAUUCAUCAUAUGCUGGCUGCCGUUUUUCAUUACGCAUAUCUUGAACACCCACUGCACAAAAUGCAAGGUUCCCGCUGAGAUGUAUAAUGCUUUCACUUGGCUGGGCUACGUAAAUAGCGCUGUAAAUCCCAUCAUAUACACCACCUUUAAUGUCGAGUUCAGAAAGGCAUUCAUUAAGAUCUUGCACUGCUAAACUUGCCACAUAACUUGUCUGAUCAGACUGAGUAUGGAAUGAUGAAUACAAGCAUCUCUUCUGGCAAAUACCUCAUCCUGUUAAGGGAAACGCACCACAAGGGGAAACUGCAAUCUGCUUUUUAAAGUUAUGGAGCUGAGUGACUGAAAAACUGAUAGUGUCUUAUUGAAAGGCAUGUUGGCUCUAUAUGUGAAUUGUUUGUGGAGUUUCUGUUCUCCAAAUCACUGAAUGUAAAACAAGAAAUGUCUGUAACAAUGACCUGUUUCAUGGAGAAAAGACGAAAUGUAACAUUGUUCUCUAAAAAUCAUUGUGCUUGUCACGUAAGGAGCCAUCUGUGUAUACCACACACAUACAAGUCGCAAACUGCUAUUUAUUGUGUGUGUGCUUUAUGUUUUGAUGAUGGAAAUAUUCUACAAAUCUUAUAAAUAUCAAGUCAGUGUUCAUUACAGUGUUAAAACUGAUACGUGAGCUCUUAAUCCUAAAACUAAUCUUAUCUUAAAAUUACUGAUUGGAAUGUGUGUUGAAGACAAGAGACAAUUUACUUGCUGUGUAAUGUGGCUAUGCCAAUAUCCACAUAUUUGCAAUUUUAUAAAUUGAAAAAUCAUAUAUUAAUAUUAUUGUUGUUAUUAUUAUAAUUAUCAUUAUUUUCUGUACAUAGUUUUUCUUAACACAUUAACUGUGAUUAUAUGCCUGCGAUGGAAAUGUGAUGCAUGCUACACUGCUCCUCUACUUGACUUCUCAUGAAAUGUAUGUUUAACAAAAAAGUACAAAAGACGACUAAUAAAUAAAGUUCUAAGACACUGUUAAGUGCCACAUAAAUAUCAGUGUUUGCUGUGUGUAUACAGAUAUCCCCAUAAAUGACUCUAUUCACACAUUCUGACAUUAUUCAGCAGCCUCUCUCUUAUUCCCACGACUGGUUUGCAGUUUGAGUAAUGUUGUUUACUGGAAGUAAUUCUAAGCACUGCUGCAGUGGAGUUGUUCUGUGGCAAACUAAUGACCUGUAUGUGGAUUUUGCAGCUUCCAGGUAUAAUCAUGUGGAUGUGCUCAACCCCUAAAGCAGUUCCCCUGGGGCUUUUCCUGAGUAAGAAUGAGGUGAACUUGGCAAAACUGAAAUAAUAGUUACAGCAAUAUAUCUAUCUGCGUUUUGGGUGACAAAGCCUGCAUUAUUUUCAGUUCAACAAUAAAGACAUGGUAAUCAGUAAAGAUGUUAAUAUUUUGAUUAGCUGCAAAGCAGUGUUGCUUAAGUGAAAUCACAAAACUAUACAAUUGUCAAGCCGAAUAUUAAAUUCUAGGCAAGAAAAUAAAGUUUUCAAAAAGUGGAUUUUUUUUUUGAAUGAUGGAAUUUUUGUGCAAAUCACUGUGCAGAGUACUUGCACAUCUUGCCCAAGUGCUGUGUCCAUAAAUUAUAUGGUGAUUUUUGCUUUCCAAAGACUUGCAAGCCUGUACAAUGCUCCCUUAUUUCCAUUGGAAAUGUGAUGCAUUAGUGAAAUAAGAGAGAUAAAUGAGAUUUAGGAUCAAGCUAUAGUGAAGACAGGGUAUUCAAAUCUGAAUAUUAGAUCAAAAUGUAACUGGUAAGUGACUUGGAAGCUCACACUGAUAAAAUCGCCCUCGAUUGAAUUGAUUCACAGUGAUUUGUUUAUGACAUUAAACUGUAUAUUUGAUUCUUCUUUCGUGAUUUGGGGGAAUUUGUACAUAUUUUUCUAAUUCUUUGACUUGAGUCCCUCAACAUGUUGUAUUUGUUGUAUUUGUUAUAAAUGUUAUAUG